AUGGAUGAGAGCAAGAAGAAGAUUGCAAUAGUUACCGUGUGCUCCCUCAUCCUGGUGGCCAUGGUGGUGGCGCUCGUGGUGGUCAACCGCGACGCCGGCGAGGAGUCGGAAGGCCCCGACGUCUCGUCGUCGAAGAAGGCGAUCGCCGCCGUUUGCGAGACGACGGAUUAUAAAAAGGCCUGCGUCGAUAGCCUUAACGCCUCCGGGACCAAUGCCACCGAUCCGCAGGAGCUGAUCCGGGUCGUCUUUCAGGCUACGCUUAAGUACAUUCAGGAGGCCGCCCAAAAUUCGACGACGCUCCAGGACCUCGAGAAGGACCCGAAGGCCAAAUCCGCCCUGGACACGUGUCGGGAGCUGGCUGCCAGGGCCGGAUACGAUUUGGAAAGGUCCUUUGCCAAGUUUAAUACCUUCGACAUAACCAAUGUCGACGAUAUCCUCCUGGAUCUCAAAAUUUGGCUCAGCGGCGCCAUCACCCACCAGGAGACCUGCCUCGAUGGAUUCGACGACGUCGCCGGCGAGGCCGGGAUGAAGAUGAAGGAGGCGCUCACCACGGGAAUGCAGAUGACCAGCAAUGCCCUUGCCAUGGUCCAGGAGCUCUCGACGUUUCUGGAAGGGAUGGGGAUUCAGAGCUUCAAGAGCCGGCGGUUGCUUGAUUUGCCGGACUGGAUCGACGCCGGUGAGCGGAGGCUGCUGGCGGCGCCGCCGCAGAAGAUUAAGGCUGACCUUGUCGUCGCCAAGGAUGGAAGCGGCAAGUAUACCACCAUAAACGCUGCGCUAAAAGACGUGCCGGAGAAUAGCGAUCACCCGUUUGUGCUUUACAUUAAGGAAGGUGUUUAUAAUGAAAUUGUGAAGAUUAACAGCAGCUUGACUCACCUGAUCGUCAUCGGCGACGGCCCUACACGGACUAGGAUCACCGGAAACCUAAAUUACAUCGACGGCACCAGCACUUAUCACACCGCCACCGUCGCUGUUCAAGGAGACAGCUUCAUAGCGCGGGACAUCGGAUUUGAAAACACCGCCGGAGCGGCGAAGCACCAGGCGGUGGCGCUGCGCGUCAGUGCCGACAAGACGGUGUUCUACAACUGCCACAUGGACGGGUACCAAGACACGGUCUACGCGCACACAUACCGGCAGUUUUACAGAAACUGCGUCAUCUCCGGCACGAUCGACUUCGUGUUCGGCGACAGCGCCGCCGUCUUCCAGGGCUGCACGUUUCUAGUACGGAAGCCGCUGGACAAUCAGCAGUGCAUCGUGACGGCGCAGGGGAGGAAGGAGGUCCGGCAGCCGACGGCGCUGGUUCUCCAGAACUGCACCAUCACGGCGGCGAAGGAGUACUACCCCGUCGCCAGGUCCUCCGUGAAGACCUACCUCGGCCGGCCAUGGAAGGAGUUCUCCAGGACGAUAAUCAUGGAGUCGUUCCUCGACUCCCUCGUCGAGCCGGAGGGAUGGCUGCCGUGGAACGCCACCUUCGCCCUGGACACGCUGUUCUACACGGAGUUCAACAACCGCGGCCCGGCGGCGCCGAAGACGUCCCGCGUCAAGUGGACCGGAGUUAAGGAGCUGCCGCCGGAGCGCAUCCAGCGUUUCACGGCGGUGCCGUUCCUCGACGGCAAUAAAUGGAUUCCGGUGGCUCAGGUCCCCUACGCCGGCGGGUUCAUCUUCCCGGUGCCCAAGGAGGAUCCCAACAUCAAAUACUCUCCCGUCUCGCAGGAGGAGAACAAAGAUUUGGGAUCGGAGGCCCACCAGCCGCCGGCCGCCGCCGCCGCACCGCCGCCCAGCCAUGCCGUCCCCGUUUCCGACACAGUCAUCGUCUCCCCGCCGGCGAGCAGCCCAGCCCCCAGCGCGUCGCCUUCCGAUCUAAAAUCGAGCAUUUGGGAAUUAUGGAUGUCCACUGACUCUCCGGCGCCGAGCCCAAUCCCGACUCUCAGUCCGGCGGCGGCGCCGAGCUUAAGCCCGAGCCCGGCAGCAUCACCGAGUCCCAGUCUCACUCCGGCGGCCGCACCAAGUCCAUCCGGCAUUGCUGCACCACCAAGGUCGGCGGCGUCUCCGGCUCCGGCACCGAGCGUCAGACCGGCGGCGAGUCCAGUGGCGGCGUCACCAGUCAGCGCCGCGCCGGCGACGGCGCCGUCUCCCUACUAG